AUGGGUCGAAUGAUCGAGCCUGCAAGGGUGAAUGCAGCUCUACACUACGCCAACACACAGACUAUCCCUGGCCAGUGUCAGGCCCGGUCAGAUAUACACACACACAACGCGCACACACACACACACACAACCAAAACCGGCGCCUUGGUGGGUCAUGCAUGGUCGUCGCUGUCGCGGUCUCGGUCACAUAAGUUCGACCCCACCCGCAUUCACGAUUUACAAAGAUUCACUUUUAAUGUUGUCAGGUGGCAGAUUGCGGUGCACGUAACGCUUAAACCUGUAAAGCAACGGGUCCAUACGGACUCUACUAAAAGUGGAGGUCAAGAGCACCCGCCUCCCUCCCUGAACCGGGCAGCAGCAGAGCCCUAUUCGCCAAGCGAAGAUACCCAUCGAGCUCGAUGGAAACACAUGCCAAAGAGAGCACAAAGGACAUAUGUCCACAUGCCCCUAACAUCCACAUCCCCUCCGAAAGUUGCCAUUUCUCUCAUCAAGCCCCGGCACGAAGCUACAAAAGCCACGCCUGGCGCCGAUCAAGCAUUGCACCGUGCAAAAACACACGCACGGGACCCGGGGUGCCAGAGGCCAGGAUGCGACCCUCAACACUUCCGAGUGGUCGCGAAAAAGACAAUCAUGCCAAGACGCGUACGGGUGACCAUAUGUGUACGCGCACAGUAG